AUAGCAUGUGAAGGGAAAAGGGGAGAGAAAUGAAAGGAUGCGGUCCCUCACCUGCUAGUGAUGUGGUCCCACGUAAAUACGCGGUUUAAUGGGAAAUAGUGCCAAGUAGAGAGGACCACAAAAGCUCUUCUUCUCAUGAGAAGCAGCCAGCCCCCAUUUGUGGAAUAUUUUCCAGUUGCAAUUAUUCCACUGUUGCCCCUCCAAUACGCCCUCUCUCUCUCUCUCUACACCUUCUUCAGUCUCUCAUGCACUUCCCAAACCUUUAUUCUCUCUCAUCUCCCUCACCAUCUCGUGCUCUGCUCCAUGGGAGAGUUGCCAAGACACAAAUCCCAUAGAAACCAGUCGGCAUCUGUCUUCAUGUGAGCAGCUGCAACAGAGGAAGCAGAAGCAAAUCUGAAAAAGCUUUGCAGAGACUAAGAAGCCCCCACACUGCAUGACAGAAGGGAGGGAGGGGAAGAGAAUCGUAGGAUGAGGAUUCGUGCCAAUCUCAGUCUACCAGAUGAGAGCCACUCGAUGGAUUUAUUCAUGACAACAAAAGUAUUCAGUACAAUUAUUAAAAGCACUGCCCCCUUUCAUGCCAAGGCAGGAAGUCGUCUCUUUGAGUGAAAGGCUGCGUGCUUUUUUUCCCUCCUCUACUUUCUUCCUCUUUAAAAUCAUCGGAUAAACCGGAAACAGGGUUCAUAACCUCUGGUGCGGAGAACAUGGCUGGAGAGGCGCAUCAGCAUCAGGCAGCCAUGGGUUACGGCGAGUUCUCGAUGCAGGGAUACGAGGCUUCAGGUAGUCAGGAGCUGUACAACUUGCAGACGAGGAUGGAGAUGCUUGAGUUCCCUUCCAAGCACCAUCAUCAUCAACAUCAACAUCAUCAGAAUCACCAUAACCCUGAAGCGUCAUGGAGAUCAGCCACACUUUUUGCUCGGCAUGGAAGCGACGACUCCCCUGCCAGCGAAAGCCUGAUGGUCUCCUCUGACGCCGUGGCAUGGGAUCAACCAAGACAGCUCGUGGUCGACGAUUCCUUGAGAUGCUUAUUUCCCGUUCACGAUGAAGAACAACCAAACCAGGGGCUUUCUCUGUCCCUUUACAACCCGGAGCCCUCCAUCGUCGUCGAAGCGGCGGCCGAUUAUCACCGAUCCUUAAUGUUCUCAAGGGCGGCGAACAGUAACAGCACCGUUUCUCAUCAGCAAGGUUUCGCCUUUCACGGUGCCCAAACAUCUGGGAGUGUAAGCAGCCACAAGCUAAGGCUUUCGAAGUACUUGAUUCCAACACAGGAAUUACUUAGUGAGUUCUGCGAUCUUGGAGGGGUGAAAGCCACGAAGCAGAAACAGCAUAACACAAGGUUUGAAGAAGGCGGACCUUCGUCCGACUCUCCAGUUAUGCACUCGCUGCAAAAUCUCGACAUACUUGAGCUUCAAAAACGAAAGGCAAAGCUGCUGACACUGCUGGAAGAGGUAGACCGCAGAUACAAGCGAUACUGUGAACAAAUGAGAGCGGUGGUAUCAUCCUUCGAGGCCGUCGCCGGCGAAGGCUCGGCCACGACAUACCUCGCAUUGGCUUCCAAAGCCAUGUCGAGGCAUUUCAGAAGCUUAAGAGAUGGCAUCGUAAACCAAAUACAGGCGGCGAAGAAAACCAUGGGAGAGAAGGACCCCAUUGCUGCAGGAAUAAGCAGAGGUGAUACCCCAAGGCUAAAGGUUCUCGACCAGUGUUUCAGACAGCAGAAGGCCUUUCAGCAAGGAGGAACUUUGAUGGAGCAACAUCCAUGGCGGCCACAGCGUGGCCUUCCCGAGCGCUCGGUGUCCAUACUUCGGGCUUGGCUUUUCGAGCACUUUCUUCACCCGUACCCUAGCGAUGUUGAUAAGCAUAUAUUAGCCAGGCAAACCGGCCUCUCAAGGAGCCAGGUCUCCAACUGGUUCAUCAACGCAAGAGUGAGACUCUGGAAACCAAUGAUAGAAGAAAUGUACACGGAAGAAAUAAAAGAACACGAAAUGCAGUCCAACGGACCACCACAAGAAGACGACCGGAAACCUAAACCCAGCAACUCCCAUGGCAUAGCCAUCUCCACCGAACAGAAACCUCUCGCCGCCGAACUGCUCGCAGAGCCGGACUCACUCUCCUCUAUCAUCAACCACCACUCCGAAUCCAGAAGCCGUCAUCCCAAUCCCAGAAAUCAAAUCACUUUACAAAGAACAGAGAAUUUCGGCAUUGCCGACCUUGACUUCUCUUCCUACAACGGAUGCAGUACACAAAGCUAUAGCAGCAACGGCGUGUCGCUCACGCUGGGGCUGCAGCAUCAUGAGAUAUCUCCGGUGAAUCCACAGCCUUUGUUUUAUUCUAGAGGGCAGAUGGAGGAGUGUCAGCCAGUUCAGUUUUCCAUUCUUGAUGGGGAUGCGCAGAAUCUUCCUUACAGGAACUUGAUGGGUGCUCAGUUGCUGCAUGAUUUGGCUGGAUGAAGAAACAUGACGGCGGUGGAGAAUUCAGAAUUUAAAAAUGAGAUUGUGGGAGGAAACUUUAAUAUUAUAUGAGAUAUAUGAAAUUUUAAAUUGUAAGCUUGA